AUGGCAAUGGCCGAAGAGACAUCCGCCUUGGAUUUUGAAAUGUCCUUGAGGACCAUGCGCUUGGAGAUGGAGUAUGAGAAGACUCUUUCGGAUUCCGCUCGUCUUCUGGAUGGCGAGAGGGAUCGCGUACAACGCAUGGAGCUUUUGCUCUCCAAAUUCGAGAACGAAGCUCUCAGAUCGCAACUGGACGAAGCAAGCAGGCAUCUGUUGGGAUUCACCGGUGCUGAUUCAGAGGCAUGUGUUCAACUUCAGGAGGCUUGUUUGGAAAUCGAUCAGCUGGAGCUUCAAGCACAGGCAUCCGCGAGUGAGAUUGACCGGCUCAAAGAAGAACUCUCAUUCCAGAAACAUAAUUCGACAAGUUAUAGUGCUCUCCUUGCAGAGAAACUGCGCCUCUCUAGAGAUCUUUCAGCUCUACAGUCAGAGCUUGAGCGGUCCAUGGCGCAAAACGCAUCAUAUCAAGCCGUCAUAUCUGAGAAACAUGAGAUGGAGCGGCAAAUGAGUUCUCUGGAGCUUCAGCUUGACAAUGAAAAAAAUUCCCAUGAACGUACUCAGGCCAGAGAAUCACAGCAAAUGAAAGAAAUUUCCCAGCUCUCUACUCGAGUUGAAGAGGUUCGGAAUGAGCUAGCGGGAGAAUUGCGAGCCAAACAGCAGCAGGAACGGGACAACCACCAACAGAGCCUGGCAUGGGCCAAUCAGCGGGCGACGUUUGAAGGAAGAAUUGAUGCGCUCAAACAGCAAUUGCGGUCAACCGAGGAUAAGCUCCAGGAAGCCCAAAAUGAAAUCCAUCAGCGACGCAGCCUCAAACUACACGCAGGAAAUGACUCCGAAUCUAGUUCUCGAACAGUCCCGCUUCAGCGUCCUGGCCCAAGUGGCCAUGCCGGCGUGACUAUUGCAACCCCUGGGGCUGUUCGUGUACAAGAAAAAUUGAAUAGGGAUUCGGCCGUGCCUGGUGAUAAGUCGGCGUUUUCCAUCACUCCGUUCUUGAACCGCACGGGUGCACCUUCGGAUUCGCCAAUGAGUUCAGUUGGAGACGAAGACGACAUCCUUGGAGAUACUGACACUCCUCCUGGACUACUUAGCAAGCAGAGCACUUUUGGGGAACCAAAGCGACUCGGUUCUGCCCUUCGGCGCCAACUAUCUCCAACAGAGGAUCCCAUUCCAACCACAAAACCCAUCAAACUAAGGGCACGUGAGGUCGUAAUGGCUGUCUCAGCACCGGAAAAUGAGGUCAAGAAACCACCCCAUCGCCUAGAUUGCAGGAUGCCACCCACUGAGACCAAUCAGUUACAUGAGCCAUUAGAGCAUGAACAGGCCAAGCCGAAAAAACGCAAACUUGGUGGUCAGCGGGAUCGGAGUUUGUUUGAAGAGGACGAAGAAGAGCCUUAUCCUAACAAGAAAUUUGGGCGAAAACUUGCAAUAGGAAAUGGGCGGGCUUCAACCCUUGGGAGUAAAACACAAGCGAGUACCUCUAGUUUACCACGGGCGCUUGGGCUUGGGGCAGCACCCAUGGGAUUUUCUCCCUUGAAAAAAGACCGCAAACGAUUUUAA